AUGAAUCAAGUUCAAUUAGAUUUGUGUCAGAAAAUCCUUAACAAACUGAAAAGCCGUCCAAUUUCAGCUUUGUUUGUUGGAUCUGCUGAGUACCCGAUCGAGCCAAAUAUGGAACAUCCAACAAAUUUAAGAUUCAUCGAAGAGAAAUUGCAGCGCGUCUUAUAUCCGAAUUGCAGUGCAUUUAUUGACGAAACAAAAGCAUUUUUAAACUCAUUUAUUACUCAUGAAACAGGAGAUCCUGCAUUACGUUUUGCAGCACAACAAUUAUUACUCGAUUUCGAAAGCGAACUUGAAAUUAACAAUCCUCUUAAGAAAGGACUCGCAUUAAGACUUGGAAUAGUUGCUUCAGAAUUUAAUGAAUACUUCAAAAAUAAUUACUCAAUUCAAAAUGAAGAUAAGCGCGAGGGCCAACCAGGCUCUUCAAUAUUUUUAACACAAGCAGAGAGUAUAUCUCUAAAAGAACUAAUAAGAGAAAUCAAAUAUUUACGUACUCCAGAUUUAAUUCUUAGAGUAACAUCUUUUAUAUAUAAAAGACAACCAGAAGCUAUUUCUUUAGGCCAAGAGACUACAAUUGAAUUCCAAUUAAUUAAACCAGAAGUUUUAGAAGAAUUGAAGAAAUUUGUUCGUUCUUUAAUCUAUUCUGCUGCUAUUGGAGAGAUUAAUCCUCUUGGAUAUCGUCCAACUAGAAAGAUACCAGUUGUUGUUGAUAAUAUUUAA